AUGACCAACUUGACUACAGAAGAAUUCCAGACAAAGCUAUCCGGCAUAACCAGUAAUGCCUUGCUCUUCCUCGUGCUGGGGGUAGCUGAUGAUAUUGGCCUGUUGCGUUACAUGGCACAUCAGCCUAUGAAAACACCAAAACAGAUUGCCGAUGGUGCAAACUUGAACGAACGCUAUGUCCGUGAGAUCCUAUCAACUUUAGCAGCUGCCGAAAUAGUCACCUUCCAUGACCCAGACUCGUUUUCUCUGCCCGAAGCAUAUGUGCCUAAUGUCGCCGACGACAGCUCCUUGUCGUUUGGACUUGGGUGGACUAGCAUGCUUGCAAGCUUCUAUACGAUCAAGAAGCAGCUCGCUGAGUGCGCUAGGAAUGGAGGUGGAGUUCCAUUCAAAGACUAUGGACCCGAACUACCACAAGGACUGUACCGUAUCAACGCACCAGCUUCAAACCACGGCGUCAUAUUGGACUAUAUCAAAGCCGUACCAGGACUACAUGAAAAGCUGAGCAGUGGAACUCCCUGCAAGAUCUUGGAUUUAGGGUGCGGAUCAGGACACGCUUCUCUCAAGUUUGCUGAGGCUUAUCCUUCCUGCCAAAUAUACGGCUACGACAUGGACGCAACAUCAGUCACACUAGCCAUCGAGAACGCUCAACUACGAAACAUUCCUAACGUGACGUUUGAAAUCAAAACCGCCGAAACACUCCCACCAUCCUUCUUUGAUUUCAUCAUUACAUUGGACGUCAUCCAUGAUCUGGCCAAACCACUUGAAGGGCUCAAAUCCAUAAAGCAGGCAUUGAAACCGACUGGACAGUAUCUCAUGGCUGAACCGUUAUCUGCCAACAUGACGAUGCAGCCAUACAAGAAAGAAUUCAUCGAAUUCUGUCUCGAGCGGCAAGUCCUCCGCUUCGGCAGCUUCACUCUAAAAUCAGGUCGCCAAUCGCCCUACUUCUUCAACAUGGGAAACUUUAAUACAGGAGCUGCGCUCUCGAAACUGGGCCAUUUCUUUGCUUCGGCUUUACAGGAUAGAGCUAAUACCCUUAAAAAUGGAAAUAAUAAUAGUAAUCCUGCUAGCAGUGGUAAUGCAACAUCACCAUCAUCACCACUCCCAUUCGACAUCCUCUUUGGCCCCGCAUAUAAAGGCAUCCCUCUCGCAGCAUGCACCGCAAUAGCCCUCUCUCGAGAUUUCGCCCAAGACGUUCCCUACGCAUUCAAUCGCAAAGAAGCCAAAGACCACGGUGAGGGUGGUUCCAUCGUCGGCCAUCCACUCAAAAACAAUCGCAUAAUGGUUAUCGAUGACGUGAUUACCGCUGGAACGGCCAUACGUGAGUCCAUGAAUGUUAUUGUCGCGCAGGGGGGUACGCUGGUCGGCAUUAUUGUGGCCAUUGAUAGACAGGAGAGGGGGAAUAGUGGGGAUAUGAGUGCGAUACAGGAGGUCGAGAGGGAUUUGGGGGUGCCCGUGUUGAGUAUUGUAUGUUUGAGGGAUGUUGUGCUGUAUUUGGAGGAGACGAGGUCAGAGUAUACCAAAUAUUUGGGGGAGAUUAAGGCGUAUCGGGAUCAGUAUGGGGUUAAGGAAUAG